AUGACUGGAGCUUUCAGCUGGAACACCUCUGUUCUAUGUAUUUUUUCUUUUUUAGCUUCCUUUACAAUCUCUCUUCAUAAAGCGGACAACACCACAGUUACGAUUAAACUGAAACCUGGUCUUCAAGCAAAUUGUCGAAUCCGCAUGAAAUAUGUCAUCAUGUCUGAACUCAAGAUAAAGCCUGGGGACAAUGUGACCUUUACCUUCACCUGUGGUACUCCAGAGAAGUAUUUCAUCACAGAAAUUCAGAAAAAUAUUGACUGUGUGUCAGGCCCAUGUCCCUUUGGAGAUGUUCAUCUUUACCCACCGGGGCUACCUCGCCUUAACAGGACUUACAUCUGGGACGUGAAGGCAAGUACAAAAGCUGGACUUGAACUAAAAUUUUCUACCUCCUGGCUAAGGCAGAUUGAACCAGGAGAGACGUGCCCAGACGCCGUUAGCUACAACAUCAACAGCUCUAUUGAUAAUGCCACGGUCAACAUCGGCACUUUCUGCAGGAAUGGCUCCGUGUCCCGUGUCAAGUUGCUGGGAGGAGUUGUCAUGUCCCUGCACCUCCCGUGGCACUUGCCUCUCACCACCUCAGGCUUCAACAUAGCCAGCAGGGCUUCCAUAAAACGGUUGUGCAUCAUUGAAUCCAUUUUGAAGAGGGAGUCUUCAAUCACCCUGAUGUCCCCUAACUACCCGCUGGGCUUUCCAGAAGAUGAGCUGAUGACGUGGCAGUUUGUGAUUCCUCCCAGCCUGAGAGCAAGCGUGUUCUUCCACAACUACAGCCUCUCCAACUGCGAAAGGAAGGAGGAGAGGGUGGAGUACUACAUCCCCGGCUCCCCCAGCAACCCGGAGGUGUUCAAGCUGAGCGACAGCCAGCCUGCCAAUAUUGCUGGCACUUUCAACAUGUCCCUGCAGGGCUGUGAUCAGGAUGCCCAGAACCCCGGCAUUCUUCGCCUGCUCUUCCAAGUUGUUGUUCAGCACCCACAGGUUGAUGAGAAUGUCACCCAUUUGGUUGACCUGAGCAAGGAGAAGAACAUGACUGUGACAAUACACUUGGAAGGGUGGCCCAGCCGCACGCCCCUCAUGUCUGAGCCCAUAUGCCUGAUCUGCAAGGAUCCUCGCACCUGCGACCGUGCCUUGACUUUAACCUCUGGUGCUGUCUACAGGAUCUCCUUCCUGUGCAAGGACUUGUCCCAGCUGAGGAUCACAGCUGAAAAAGGCAUAGGCUGUAUGGAUAUUCGUUGGUGUCAGAAGAAGAUUUAUUCCCUUUCAGUGCCCAAGGCUAUUACCCGAUUGCCAAUUCGACUGCAUAAGUUUAAUUGGAAGCUCUUGGCCACUGAUAUGAUCAACGUAGAAAUUACGUCUCCAUCCUUGAAACUUCAGCAACCCAUCCCAGAGCAGAGGUGCAACACGAGCUACAGUUACAGCAUUGUUAGUGCCACCCCAGAGACAGAGCUGAAUCUUGGUGUAUUCUGUCCCGGUGGAUCUAUUGAAAAGAUUCAGAUGAGGAAUAAUAUCACCAUAUCCUUAAAACCAUUUGGUAAAGGAUUCAUCAAUGAGUCUAUUCCUCAGGAUUUGAAAAUGUCUUUUGUGCCACAUAUUAAAGAUGAGUGCAUAUUCACCGUGAGCCCAAAUCCACAAGCUAAAGUUUACUUGCAGACUCCCAACUCGCCUUAUGGUUUGCCUCCUUACGUUUCCAUAUCCUGGUUCAUCACUGUGCCCAGCAAGCAGACUGCCCGCCUCAGGUUCUCCAAGGACCGCAUGGGCAUCGCCUGUGAGACGGGCCGUGCCUACGUCAACAUCAAGGAGGAGGCGCCGGGAGCAGAGGAGAUCGUGCGCCGCGAGGACGAGCUCCUGCCCCAGCCCCGGAACAUGCUCCACAGCUUCUGGGUGAACGUCUCCAACUGUAGGCCUGCGGAUAAGACACAGCUGACCUUGCAGUUCUGGGUGACUUUGGCUGACAAGCAGCUAGACCUUGGAAUCAUACUUGCUGUGGUGGCUGGUGCUGGAGUUCUCACAGUGAUUGGACUGACCGUGUGCUGUGUUAAGAAGAAGAAGAAGAAAACCCAGAAUCCCAUGGUGGGAGUGUACAAUGAUAACGUGAAUACCCAGAUGCCUGGAAGGAAAGGCUCAUUCAGAAAAGGGAGGCAAAACAAUGAGUCUCAUGUCUAUGCAGUUAUUGAUGAUGCUGUGGUCUAUGGACACUUGCUGAAGGAGUCCAAUGGCUCCGUCUCUCCAGAAGUCGAUGUCUACCGGCCUUUUGAUGGACCCAUUGGUAGCACGCCACCUUCUCCACCUCCAUUCUCCUUCAAAAAAGACAUUAAACGCUCUUCUAACCCCGAGGAGGAGCCUCUGCCCCUGAUGGACAUAGACCAAGACACUUACACGUUUGCUCAUCAGAAAUCAGGGCAGUCAGAGGACAAUGGAGAUGCAAAUAAAAAGGAUAAGGGAGAUACAGGCAUACCUUUGCUGGAAAAUAAGGAACAAGAUGGUGUAGUGGGGUAA